GAAAGGUUAGCCUACUAUGGAAUGAGCUCAAAUCUGUUGCAAUAUUUCAAAGAUCAGCUCAAUCAGCACAAUACAACUGCUUCGAAAAGCCUGUCGAAUUGGUCGGGAACUUGUUAUGCUAUGCCGCUAGUCGGAGCCUUUCUUGCUGACUCGUAUCUCGGAAGAUACAACACUAUCGCCGGUUUUUCCGUCAUCUAUGUUGUCGGAAUGACACUGCUAACUCUAUCCACCUCAAUCCCGGGCCUGAAGCCGACGUGCAACGAGAAGGACACGUGUCACGCGACCAGCUCUCAGGCUGGAUUAAGCUACACGGCCCUCUACUUGGUGGCACUCGGCUCCGGAGCCAUCAAGCCAUGCGUCUCGUCUUACGGGGCCGACCAGUUUGACGAUGAGGACGAGCCCGAGCGGGCCCGCAAGUCCUCGUUCUUCCUUUGGUUCUACUUCUCGAUCAACCUUGGGGCCCUCGUGGCCACUUCCGUGGUCAUGUGGGCCCAGGCCCGAGAUGGUUGGGCCUGGGGUUUCGGCAUCCCGACCAUAGCCAUGGCCGGGGCCGCGGGCUUUUUUUUCGCCGGGACACGGGUGUACCGGAACCAAAAGCCCGGAGGGAGCCCGCUCACCCGACUCUGCCAGGUGGCGGUGGCCUCGGUUAGGAAGUGCCGGGUGGUGGUGCCGGAGGACGGGUGUAUGCUUUACGAGACGUCAGAUGCUCGGUCCGCGAUAGUCGGGAGCCGCAAGCUCGACCACACGGAACAAUUUCGGUUCCUUGACCGGGCAGCGGUUUUCACCCAUUCGGACUUCAACAAGGGCACGGCCGACCCGUGGAGACUCUGCACGGUGACCCAAGUGGAGGAGCUAAAGGGGCUCCUUGGGCUGCUCCCCGUUUGGGCCACGGGCAUAAUAUUCAGCACGGUUUACGGGCAAAUGGGCAACAUGUUCCUGCUUCAGGCCCUCUACUUGGACUCUCGGCUUGGUGGGACCCACUUCCGAAUACCCGUGGCAUCACUCACCACUUUCGACACCAUAGGCGUCAUCUUCUGGGUCAUAGUCUACGACCGGGCCAUCAUCCCCGUGGCCCGCAGGUUCACGGGCCACAGGAAUGGGCUCACCCCACUACAGAGGAUGGGCUCCGGCCUCCUUCUAUCCGUCUUCGCCAUGCUGGCGGCAGCCGCCCUAGAGGUCGCCAGGCUGGAUACAGUUAGGCGCCACGGCCUCUACAACGUCAAGGAGGCUCCCAUCUCCGUCUUCUGGCAGGUGCACUUGCCCACAAAAAAAAUAAAAANAAAUGUCGAUUUUUACGACCAGGUGCCCCAAUACUUCCUAAUAGGUUUUGCGGAGGUGCUGACGCAGAUCGGGCAUCUGGAGUUUUUCUACGACCAGGCGCCGGACUCGAUGAGGAGCCUGUGCUCGGCUCUUUCGCUCACGACUUUUGCGCUCGGGAAUUACAUGAGCUCGGUUCUUGUGACGCUAGUGACGGUGUUCAGCACGAGGAAUGGUGGGACAGGCUGGAUACCCGACAACUUGAACUACGGUCACCUGCAUUACUUUUUCGGGUUACUGGCGUUUCUCAGUUUACUCAACUUGGGAUUGUUUGUUGUUGUGGCGAGGAGGUUUACGAACAAGAGGACAGUCGAGACCCUAAGCUGA